AUGCUACCCCAUUUCUGGGUUCUCGCAUGGUCCUUCCUGCAAUCAUGCUGUCGUGGCUAUGAGUACUCCAACGCCACAGACGCGUCCCAGAUCAUGUUCAACUGGAACAUCGCUUAUAUGAGUGCACCUCCCUCUGCAUUGAUAUCCCUCAGACCUCCAACUUUUCUGGUGAAAAGGGUUCAAUAUCUGGGCAACGUUGGCGAUCCAUAUGGUAGCAAUAUCAUCGAAGUAUCUGCCGAGGCCGCAAACCAGUACAAAUAUGUUGUCCGGUUCGAAGCUCCCAGCAAUAGACGUAGCUGGACCGUGUCGAUAUGGAAUAAUUUUGCUUCCGACGGAUAUCUAGGAGGUUGGCUUGGCAACGCUUGCAGAACAUUCACUCUGGACCGCGGUCAAGUUCGGUAUAUAGCUUUCGAUGACAACUCUCAAGGUGGAUGGGCCGCUGCUUCAGGUUCAUCCAUUCCAGUUGACCGGGAUGGUAGCUAUGCCGCAACAUGGGGAGAGUUCGACUUUGGGUCAGCGAUCAACUUUGGAAGAUCAGCUUUCGUUGUUUCCACGAUAGCUGCAGAGAAGGCGGGCUUGGAAGUCCAAGGUAUGAGAAUAUGUGACGUCCACACAGACACUUGCUCAUCGGUCGACGCGAGAAGCGCAGCUGUCCAUAACGCCUACACUACCACGGUGGCCGGCAAUGCUAAGAUGGGAGGUACGAUUCGACCUGGUCCAGCCAGGCUUGCAGUCAGUAUUGGCUAUGAUGAAUUUCCAUUGCCAGAAAACCGCGGUUAG